UAAUGUUGUCAAGCGACUUAACCUCAAAGAUAAAUUGUAAACAAACCACCUCCAACUAUUAUGCAUCUCAUUAUCAUCUAUUAUCUAAUUACGUGUCGAGACAGUCAACGCACUUACAAAUUUUAUUAAUGCUUUAUACGUAAAUAUCUAAUUUGUAAUGGAUUACAAUGAAAUAUAUCAGUUGGCUGCAAUAUUAAGGGAAAGUGGUGACAAAGUUCUCGAUUGCUCCAGUAAGCUGUCGUUGUCUUCAAACCUUCUGUGUAUGUUAAACAGUUCGUUUGUGUUACUGAGUGAGCAACGUGAUGUCUUUAAUUCUAGUUUUCAAGUCCUGAACAACACUAAUAUUAAUACGGAAAUAUUUAGAGAUCUACAGUUUUUGUACGAUUUCAUUCAAAGAAGUGUUAGCUUAAAGUUAAUUAACGACACACUCGUUAAUUCUAUAAAUGAUGCGGUAGACAUCACAAAGUUUAAAAAUUUGCGGUUUUUGGAGUUGCAGAAAGUUGACGUAACAUCAAUUAUUGGCCUACAAACUGUAAGAACUCAGUUGCAAUAUUUGAUUUGUGUGCGUUCCAUCUCUUCUAUAAAAAAUGUGUUGGAGAAGUGCGGUGGAGACGAAAGUGAAGGUUUUGUUUGGUGCGAACUGAAAGAGGCCACAUUUAGUCAUAAUAAAUUGAAGGAAAUAGACUCCAGUUUGGAAUUAGUUCCAUGGUUACACACUCUCGAUUUAAGUUACAAUAUGAUUAAAGAUGCCCGUCCGUUAAAUUGCCUUCCAAACUUGAAGUAUAUUAACUUGAGCUACAAUCAUCUAGAAGUAGCACCAUCGUUUACGGGUCAAAUAUGCACACGAAUUCAAGUACUAGGUUUAAGUAACAAUUUUAUUGAGGAUGUGUGGGAAUUAACGGCGCUCACAAAUUUGUGUGAAUUAGAUUUGAGUAAUAAUUGCCUCUUGAAGCACGAAUCUCUCGCUCCACUUUCAUCUUUAGCAGCUCUGCAAUGGCUUAAUCUUGAAGGAAACCCGUUGAGUUUUCAUCCUCAUCAUAGGAGACGUACUGCUCAGUUGCUGCACAUCAAUACUGGCACAGUCCGUUUUCUUCUCGAUAGAACCUUGUUGAGUAAAGAAGAACGAAGGAUGGUCGGUUCGGUGCCUCUAAUAACGCAUUCCUUACAGAGGUCAUAUGUGUCAUCCUUCUGUUCCAAUGUUAGCGAACACACUGUAAUUGCCUCAGAGAGACCUCAUCGUGUUAGAAGUGCAACUAUUAUAUCGGAAAGUAAUCAGGAUUCAACCUUGGAAAACAGUUUUGCUUCUGUCACAUCACUUUUAGCAUCCGUGGAUCACUUGGAUACAAAGAACAAAAUUGAGCAACUACGGCGCGAGUAUGGAGAAGCGUGGUUACAAUCUCAAGGAGGAGCUGCAUUGUUGCAAGAUGCUCUGGGAUUAGAAAGAACAAAAAUUCCACUUUCUUCCAGUCCAUAUGCGAAGGAAUUCUUAUUACACGCAAAAGAUACCAAAUUAUCCGAAAAAACUGAAGUUCUGUCUGAGAAAUCUACAAAUAACACUUUUACUACAGCAACUGAUUCGGUGGCAUCAGAAAACAACAGUUUAUAUGCAGGUGAACAAGUUGACUCGUCCGAGGUGGUUGUAAGUGAAGAGGAGGAGGAUGAUGACGAUGAAGAGUUGGGUGAAGGAGAAGAGAACUUGUAUCUUGCUAAUUUAAAAGACAGUUUGGAACCGAUAUUUAUUGUUUUAACAAAUACUCAUAUAUUUGAACGAGAAUGCGAUACCAGCAAAGAAAAAACCAGAUGGCUUUUGGAAACGUUGCAGAGUUGUGAACUUCUAGGCGACGACUGUACUGAUAUUCGUCUUACAUUUGAUACAGUUAAAAGAGAUCGACGCGAACGAGAGUAUGUGCUGGAAGCUGAUGAAUCCACAAGACUGUCUUGCGUUUUGAAUAAUAUACUCACCAAUAGAUCACCCUUGGAACAACUAAUUGUGUACCAAUGUAUGAAAUGUUCGACACAAUUUAGUAAUAAAAAGAAACGAGGCCGCUCUACGCCUGUACUGGAAUGUCCCGCUUGUCAUAGCACAGUUGUCAUCGAACAUGAUGAAAACGAGUGAGUUAAUUUAGCUUAUAGGAUGUUUUUUAGU